AUGGAUUUUGAGCCACCAUUUCAUGAGAAUUACAAGACCCUUUUGCAGAACAAACCUGACAAAUUAGAUGAUGAAAAUGGUGGCCGACAACCUCCACCACAGCUCAUGCUUAUUGAGCACUGUGAGUUACCUCUCAUUGAUCUGAGCCAUCUACAAACUCGAGGGUCAUCAGUUGUGGGAGCAAAGUGCAAGGAGAACAUUGUGGAAGCUGCACGAAAAUGGGGUUUCUUUCAAAUAUUGAAUCAUGGGGUCCCACCAGAGAUAUUGGAAAGCAUGAAGCAUGAGCAGACAAAGCUCUUCAGAUUGCCUUUUCAGAAGAAAGCUGAGCUCAGUUUCUUGAAUUUGUUGCCAUCGCCGUCAUUACCAUCCUCGCUGCCAACCAAGAGUUACCGCUGGGGAAACCCGCAGGCCACUUGCUUGAAGCAGCUUCCUUGGUCUGAGGCCUUCCAAAUACCUCUAGCAAGCAUCUCAAGAAUGAAAGAGAGUGACAAUUUCAGAGUCGCCGUGGAGACCUACGGGAUGACUGUUGCUAAUCUUGCAGCAUUGAUAACUGAAAUUCUAGCCGAGGGUUUGGGCGUCAAAGGCGCCAAUUACUUUAAAGAGAAUUGCACGUUGAGUACUUGUUUCCUUCGGAUGAACAGAUACCCUCCAUGCCCGCUUGCUUCCCAAGUCUUUGGAUUGAUGCCUCACACGGACACCGAUUUCCUCACGGUCUUGUGUCAAGAUAAGAUUGGAGGGUUGCAGCUGAUGGAAGGUGAGAGAUGGGUUAGUGUUAAGCCUAAUCCAAAUGCUCUCCUCGUCAACGUUGGCGACUUAUUUGAGGCUUGGAGCAAUGGCGUUUACAAGAGUGUGAAGCACAGAGUGAUGGCCAGCCAAGAAGUGGAAAGGUUCUCAAUGGCGUUUUUCUAUUGCCCCUUCAAACACACGUUGAUCGAGAGCCCCCUCAAGCCAGCCCUCUAUAGAAGCUUUAGCUUCGAAGAAUACAAAGCGCAAGUUCACAGGGAUGUUCAGGCCAAUGGAGACAAAGUCGGCCUCUCUCGGUUCCUGAUUCAGUGAAAUUAUAGCACACCACUCUAAAUGGGUACUCUUGUAUAGGCAUACAUGUGUGCGUAUAGGUGGUCAUUUUGUGGUAAUUUUGCUUGCGAGUUC